AUGACAGAUGCAUACACCAGAUAUUCACAGAGCAAAUCAUUAAAAUAUCAAAAAGAAAGAGACAUUGUGAUGAAGUCAAAGUCUAGGAGGUCUAAAUAUUCAGAUCAAAAAUAUCAUCAUGUAGAGUCAAAAACACCUCCAUUGCCUGCCAAAAGUACCUCAUCAUUGGAAGAAUUGUUAAAAAAAAGGGAAUCUCUUAAACAAGAACUAAAAAAAAUUGUAAAAGAUCCUGACACUGCACCUAACAUUGAUUACAACAAAAAACGUAGGCAUUCCAAAGAAGACUAUGCUUAUGAAAUUAUGAUUAAUAAAAAACGACAAGUUCAUAAUGAAACCCGAUCUAGUAAAGUUGCCAAGACAAGAAAAUCGAAUCAUGAAUCUUCACCAGAACUAGAACAUAUUCAACCUGAGUCAGAAGACGAAGAGACUAUAAUACAACAAAGACGACAACAACGUAAACAACUCUUAGAAAAAUUUAAUGUUUUGAAUGAAAAAAGCAAUGAAAGUACUGAAGAUGACAACAAGGCUAGCAACAGUGAAGCUGAAAACACCACAGAUAUGAAGAACACUCAAGACAAUCAAAUUAUUUCAAAACAAGUGACGGACAUGUUCUCAGAGAAAGAUGAAUUUGAGUCUAAUGGUGCAACAAAAAAUGCAUCGCAUAAUGAAGAUGAGACUAAUUUAAAUUUAACCGAUAAUUGGGAUGAUGCUGACGGAUACUUCAAUAUACGUAUAGGAGAUACUAUUAACAAUAGAUAUACCAUUAAAAGCAUUUUAGGUCAAGGAGUAUUUGCAAAUGUGGUUCGAGCUCAAGAUAACAUGGAAGGAAAUGACUAUGUAGCAAUUAAAAUCGUCAGAAACAAUGACCUAAUGUAUAAAACAAGUUUGAAAGAAAUAGAAAUUCUAAAACAAAUACGAGAAGCAGACCCUGACAACAAAUACCACUGUGUUCAGUUCCUUGGACAUUUUAUGCAUAAAAACCAUCUUUGUCUUUUACUGGAGUCUCUACACAUGGACUUAAGAGGAGUCAUAAAGAAAUAUGGGAAACACCAUGGCAUCAAUAUGAAAGCUUUAAUGAGCUACAGCAGGCAAUUACUGCUAGCUUUAAGACUUCUCAAAAAACUGGGUAUCAUUCAUGCAGACAUAAAACCAGACAACAUAUUAGUAAAUGAAAAGAAAAAUUUAUUAAAGCUGUGUGACUUUGGUUCAGCUGGCAAAUCUGAUGACAAUGAACCCACCCCCUAUUUAGUUUCAAGGUUUUACAGAGCACCUGAAAUUAUUUUAGGUGUGCCAUACAAACAUGGAGUGGAUGUCUGGUCAGCAGCAUGUACCAUAUAUGAAAUGGCAACAGGAAAAAUUUUAUUCACAGGAAGCUCAAAUAAUAAAAUGUUAAAAUGCUUCAUGGACUUGAAAGGAAGAUUUUCUAGCAAACUUGUAAAGCGAGGGAAAUUCAAAGAUCAACAUUUCAAUUACAAUAAUAAUUUUCUUCUUCAUAAAAAAGAUGAAUUCACUGGCAGAGAAAAAGUUGUUGAAAUGAGUAAUAUCAGUAUCAGCAGAGAUUUACUGCAAGAACUGAAAAAAUGUAACAAGAGUAUAUAUAUGAAUGAAGAAAGAAAAAUAACACAGCUCAAAGAUUUACUGGAUAAGAUGACAAUGCUAGAUUCUAGUCAAAGAGCACAGGUAAACGAUUGCUUGAAGCAUCCUUUCAUUUUAGAAGAACUGGAUAAAUGUUAA